GGGACUGUGCUGUUUGGGAGGGUACGGGAACCUGACGCCUGGAGCUGGGUUUCCAGCCGGAAUUGUAUUGUGGACGGGCCGGAUCAGUCAGUCAUGGCGCUGGAGGUUCGCAGGCGCCUCUUUAAAAUCCUCAUGCGCUUCGGCGCCAUCAUCCUGACCCGUUUCCCGUUCUGGAACUGCUUCAGUAUGUUGAUGCUGUUCGCCGAGCGAGCCGACCAGCGCAGCAACUCGGUUCUGUUUCUGUUGUCCAAUAAAACAGGCGUAUUUCACUCUAAGGUGAGAAUGUAUUCCAGAACUAUAGCCGUUAUUGGAGGAUUUUUGAUUUUAGCAAGUGGUGCUGGCGAAGUUUAUCGGCAGAAGCCACGGACCAGGUCAUUGCAGUCUACUGGACAGGUGUUUCUUGGUAUCAACCUUAUUUGUGUGGCCUACUCCCUGCAGCACAGUCAAGAGGACCGUCUGGCCUAUCUGAACCACAUCAUAGGAGGUGAAAUUACACUGCAGUUGUUAUUUGUACUGUACGCUGUACUGGCCUUGUCUUUCCUCUCUGGUUAUUGUGUACGGACUGCAGCCCAGAUACUGUCUGUUCUUAUGCCUCUUGUAGUUCUCUUUAUCGAUAGCAAUGUGGGCUAUUGGCAUCAUUCCUGCCGGAUCGAGUUCUGGAAUCAAAUGAAGCUGCUUGGGCAGAACGUGGGUGUUUUUGGUGCUGCUAUAAUUUUGGCAACAGAUUGUUAGUACAUUUUAAACGUGGGGUUCUUUAAUGCAUGGCACAAAUGAAACAACUGACUUGUACCGCUAUUUAUUUGACUUUUUUAAAUGUAUAGGUUCUUAAAUAUAUUUUCAAUAUAGAUCAUUAUCUUGGACAAUUCAAUAGAAACAAAACUUGUAUGAACAGUUGCUUGGAUGUUGGUGAAUCUGAGGGCCGACUUUGUGAAUGUAUGCUCCUAGUGCAACGCUCACUCUCUAGGACCACGUGCAAAGAAAUCAAGAGCUGCUUUUGGAAGGUCAGCUUUCAUGCCAGGAAUAUAUAUUUAGAAACGUAACCCACUUUCUGUUUAUUGUUGUCCUUUUUCACUGAAGUCCGAUUUGAAUAAAUUAUUAGUUCUGUGUGCUGUAUCAUGAAUGAUAUAAAAGACCCAGAAUUUGUUACAGUGUGAUGUCCUAUGAUUUAUGCAUCUUGUGUAUUCAUUUAUUCUCUGAGCAAAGUAUUUUGAAAGUUUCCGUUAUCACCUAUAAAUUGACUUCCUUCCGGUUUUAAAAUCCCAACGUUUUUUUCCAUUUCUUUACUCAUUUGUCUGUUUUUCAUGCCAGCAAGCUGCAUCGGAAAUGUGCAGCUGAGGUCUCAGCUGAUCUAGCUGGCAGCUUCGAGAGGCUACUUUAUGUUUAGUCAGUGGGUUUCUUACUGUGAGAACAUUGUUCUUUUAUAUGACAAGUUUUAUUUUCCACCUCAAUGCCAUUGGUACCCCCAGUUGCACAGUUUAACAAGGCAGUGCAUCCAUCAUGUUCUUCAGUGCUGAAGUAGUUUAAGUAGAAUUGAAACUGUCUGAUCCAGAGUUAGAUUUGUAGCUGUGUGGGCAGAUCAGUGGUGAAACUGCCAGAAGAUCAGCAGAUCAGCUUUGCAGUGCAAUUGGAUACUCUUGAUCAGAGAAAUUUAGAUUUUGGUUUUUAGAUGUGGCACCUAACUAAUUUUUUUUGUUAUUGCUAAUCUUUUAGUCCAUUUGUAUGACUUGUUCCCUCUCACCUCAAAUUUUUAACAGUCCUUUGAUUUUACAGGCAGCUAAGUUUCCUUUGACAAAUCACCAGCUUUAUAAAACAGUUACCUGCGAAUGAAUAUCAGGGUUAUAUUUUAAAAAUAUAAAACUGCACAUUCUAAUCUAAACGGUUUCUCUGUAAGAUGCAUCCAUGAAGUCCUUUGGCUCCAUUUUUUUUUCAGUGAAACAGGAACGGGGAAAGGUUUGAUAGGAUCUAAAGGUAUUUCUCUUGAAGUAUGACAAAUCAUUGGGAACUUUGAUUAGUUUUCAGACCAACUGUAAGCUUUUUUUUUCAUUUUACCCUUUGGCACCCUCGUUCCCUACCAAGGAAAAUCAGUGCUGAGAUUGUAUAGCUCUUCAAAAACAUUUAGUGACCAAACAGAUUGAAAUUAAAAUUGAAACAGUACUGUCUGAGUGAGAAAGGAGAGGAUAUUUUGUGUUCAGUUAUACUACCGUUAGGUCAAUAAAUGUUCUUGGUUGGAAUGAUGAAAAUAUGAGUUGCAAUGGUGCAAUGGAUUUUGUCUUAGUUUGUUCCUAUUAAUCUUUGCUGAGUUGUUUUUUGUUAGUCAGUCAAAAAUUCUUGUAUCUUUUUCUCUUGCAGUUACCCUUUUUUGAGCACUUGUUUUUUUUUAUUUCUGCUUGCAGAUAUGUAGAAAUGGAAUUUGUUUUUUAAACAAAUGAUAUUUAACAAAAAAAUGCUAAAGGCCUUCUGUCCAUUGUUCUAUUAUAGUUUUUCCUCUUUAUAAUCUGUUUGGGUUUGAGGAGGGGAUCAAGCUAUACAAGUCCCUGUUAUUUGCUUUUUUUUAAAACUUGCUACCUGUGCAGGAGUAGUGGGAUUGUUGAAAGACAAAAACAAAAGCAAAAGAUUUCACUAGAACAAAAGUCCUGUCUGUUGAAGUAAUUUUUAUUGUGAGUUUGAGUGCUGGUACAACGUUGGGGCACUUAUCGCACCUGUCCGUGGUAGCAUCUGGGUAAUUUGCUUGCCAGAUAGGGGCUGUAUUGCAGGCUUGUAGCUCAUGUUUCUAAAAUAUGUGUAUAUGAUAUUUUAAUAUUUCAGUAGGAUUUAAAAUCUUUAUGCUUUUUGAAAUUGGUGAGAUAUAUAAAACAAACAUAAUCUAUAGAAAGAUAUAUAUUAUGACAUUUUUCAUGAAUGGCAUGUUUCUAUUAGGUGCGGGACGUGAAUCUGGAUAAACUGGAUGCAGUUCACUUAGUGUUAUUUGUCUUGUGGUUGAUCUAACUUGUAUAGGACUACACUUCUGUUUGAUGUAGCGGGAACCAGUAUUGUGCUUCAAAUGCAAUGAUAUUGUAUAUUUAAAGGGUUUAGAUUGAGUGAUAUCUGACCAGAAUUCAUCUGGGACCCAUUAAUAAUGAAUUACUUACUGGGAUAUGUUAUUCCUGUUUGUAAUUUUUUUUCAAUCUACAUUUCACAAUGAUUGAGUCUAGCAAAUGGUAGAAGGAGGGGGAAAAAAGCUCCAUCCGUAGUUGUUGCAUUGGACUACUGUAGUUCUUUUCUCUGCUACUACAAAAGUCAACAGAUGAAAUGAAAUCUCAAAGUAAUUCCUAAUGUGUGUCAGACUGCAAACUGUCCAGAGUAACAUGGUGCUAAUUUGGUAACUAACCUAGAUCUUAAUGGCUGAGGUAGAAAAUUGGACGCCUUAUUAAAUGGUAGCAUUUUGGAUUAAGACAUAGUGUCAACACAAGAAACUGAGAGCUUUAUUUCAUGAGUAUCCAUUGUGUAUUUGACCUGAGUGCCUUAUGCUAACAUUGAAUGCAAAAAGUGGAAAGCACAGUUUUUCCCAGCACUAAUUUUUACACUCUUGUGAUGAAGAAAGGACACUGAAUAAUUAAAUGGUCCCUGGGUAAUUGUUGAAGUGAAACUAUCUGAAGUGAACUUGAACUGAUCUGUUUAAAGUUCUUUAAAUAUUCACUAACCAAUCUUAAGCAUAUUUCAUAAUAGUUUUUGAGAAGUGGUUGUAUUUUCAAUUUGAUAUUUAUUUAGGAAGGCCCAGAUUGUCAACCAGCUGUCCCAUGGACUAAAUAGAAUAAAUAUCUAUUAAAGAACUUGUAACUUUAAAUUGUUUAAAUACAACUUUCUUCCUUUAGAUUGAAAUGGUGGCACUUUUUGUAGUGAUCACAUUCAUACUUUACAGUGUAGUGCAGCAUUCUUUCAAAAAUGGGGACACCAGUAUAUUUGGGAGCUUUUUAACGUUCAAUUCUGUGCUACUUGACACACGCACGUUCCCUUUACAUGAGUAAUUUUAUCUACAGUUGCGCUUUUUAAACAAAGUUGACUUUGAAAUCGAAAAUGUUAGUGCCUAUCACAAAUGUCUUUUGUUUUAGGUAAUAGGUUCUCGGACCACCCUUCAGUAUGAAAUAAUUUUGUUAAAUUGAAAGGACGUUAGUUGAAAUAUGUUCUUCUCCUUCUCAUUCACAUUCCCUCCAUGAAGAUCAGACAUUUUGCAAAUCCUCAAUAUGUGUUUCUUCGAUUAAUAAUUUUAUAAUGCUCCAAAAGUGAGUAAGCAGAAGUAACAGGGCAGAAUACACAUACCAAACAGGUUGAAAAGCUUAUUUUAAAUUGAAUGGCAUUCAAAGAGUAGAAUAUACAUCAUGCAGAAAGUACUGUUUCUAAGGUUUUCCUGUAUGAAAUUAGUAACUAUUCUAGUACAUUCAUGUAUCCAAUUUUUCAAUACAAUGACUUACGUGGCAGUGAAUUGAGUAAAUAUGCGUCAAAGACCAAAACAAUUUAAAGCUUUAAAAGUAAAUUAGAAUAUAGCAAAAUCUUCUGGUUUCGCCUUGUCAAAUUUGAUAAGGUGCAUUCCACUAAUGGCAAAUACUUCAGUCCAUACGUGAAGCUUUAGUAUGUACUGAAAGGGGAAGCUUGAAGCCAAUUUAAAAUGUUUUAUUAUUAUUGCAUAUUUUAACUGUCCUGUUGCAGAUUUAAAUCUUUGUAUUUAGCCACAUCUGUUCCAUUUGUAGGUAUUCCUCGGGAAGAUUGGUUUUAUUCAAUUGUAGUGUGUCAGUAGUUAUACAGAAUUCCCUUUAGAUGGAUAUUUUAGAACGUAUUUCUCUCUCCACACUUCUCAGAAAAUGUAUGAAGUUAAAAUGUAUUUUUUCUUUUCAUUCUGACCACUUUCUUAACAUUUUCUACUACUAGGAGGGAAGGGUUGUUCCAGUGUUCUUCUGGCGAUGGGGCGUGACCCACGUUGAUGCAAUUUCCAAUUCCCACCUGCUUUCCUUCCUAACAGUUAAUACUGUAAAGUAAAGGGGGUUAGCGUGAGGUUGGUUAUAAAGCGAAUGCAACACUUAUUACUAGCUUGUUGAUUUCAUUUAAAGAUAGAUCCACAACUUUAAAUUAAAAAAGUCAGUUCUGUAACUAUGGUGUUCUACUGACAAGUUUAAGAAUCUGUCUUGGUUUGAUUUCACAAACUGGGUGGUUCUAUCUAAAUUAUGUUGGCAUAUAAGGCAGACCCAAUCUCACAUAAAUUUUGUCCGUAAUAGUUGUGAAAACAAUAGAUAUGUCAAAAACAAUGACUAAGAACAAGUAAGGCUUGUUUUUAUUUCCUAUCCACUGACUAUAAAUGAGCGCGCUUUCUUUUUUGAUGAAUCUAAUCUUUGAUUAACAUUUGCCAAUUGGAAUUUGAGCCAGUAAAUGUAAAGUCUUUUGUGUACAUAUGCAUACACUGUUUGCACAACCUUGAUGAUCACCAAUGCUGACAUCGUAGUAUUUUGUAAUUACAGUGAAUGUACUUCUCUGUGAUGCCUGCCCAAUCCCUAAUCAAUUGCAAAGGGUCUUCACAACUUCAUUAACAAUAUUUGUGAUUGUACAUUCAGUAAGGGGACAUUUUCUUGUAAGUAACUUUACAUAAUAUGUUAUAUGUAGAAAAAUGUUUAGAUUUCCACCACAGGAUCUAAUGCUUCUAAUGUAAAACCAAUCAAUAUUCCCCAUUUGUUAACUUAUCCUCUGAAAGGAGUACAGGAUCACAAAACAUAACAUUUCAUCUUACAAAUUUUAAAGUUCAGUCUUGGACUGAUGUAAAAGUCUUGUGUGCAGACCCAAAAUUAAAGAAACUGUAAUUGAGGAACUGUACGUUCCUCUGGUAAGUGGUUUAUUGGUCAGUGGUGCCAAAUAAAACAAAAUUAGGAUUAUAUUAAUUUGGUACCCAAGCACACUGAACCUGAUUAAUCUAAGAAGCUACUUUGUAAUAUUAUUGAGUUUGUUGAUUUUGAAGUGUUAGUUGAAUUAGUUGGAGAAAUGUGGCCAGAACAACAGUAGGAACCUCCUUUAGAAUGAUCUGGACUAAAAAUUAUUAAAUUGCUUGCCAAGGAUCAGAGCAAUGGGAAACUUUAGACACCUGGUUCUAAUGAAACUCCGGAAUGUGACCUAUUUGUGGGCUUUUGCUUGCAUGAUUUUAGUACGUAGUAGCUACUCCUAUCGUACCACCUAUGGCUUAUCUUAAACCUAAAGACCUUGCUUAAGGGAGAUCUCUGAUCCACAGUGAGAUUGAAUUUUCUAUCCAUUGACAAAAUUUAGUCCCAUGUGACUUCAGAAAACCUCACCACUGAAACUUGCAUGUCUGGGAAGUGUAAAAUUUAUGGACAUUCCCUGUUGUAUACUUGAAAUAUUUUACAACUUAAUGUCUAACUGGAUUAUUUUUGUGUAGCCAGCUCAGAAUUUUUCAAAUAUGAAGUGCACUGUUAGCAAUGUAUGACUGAAAAUAUGUUUACACUUGAAAAAGCAUAAUGUACUCAUUUUCUGUAACUAAGUUGAUACUUUUAUUAAAGCUCAGAACACUUUUUUGAAUUCA